AACAGGUCCAGUGAAAAUAAAGCGUAUUUGCUUGAUGUUGGAUCUGCAAAGAUUCCCGUAUAUUGUCACAUGACCAAGCAUGGUCUUGAUGCAUGCGGAGGAGGUGGAUGGACGCUUGUCAUGAAGAUCGAUGGCUCAAAGGUAUUAAAAUUUAAAUGUUCUCACAAGUUGCCACGUUUGUCAUCACUUUAUUUCCAAUAUAAAGGUAAACUUACAAUGUAAGUCACCAGUCCACGUCAAAUGGAAGAAUGGGGAUCUAUUACGUGUAGGUUUGAAAAGUUUUAGCUCAAUUCAUUGUCAGUAGUAACAGACAAAGUAUGAAGAGAAUAAUAUGUGAGGACUUCGCAACAAAACCAGUGAACACCAAGGCGACUGUAUCAUAUUUCUCAAAAGGAUAAAAAACAAAGUGAUAGUACUCUUUAUGAAUGGGUUAACUGGUUUUUUUUUCCAGAAAACAUUUCACUACAAUUCUAAACCGUGGAGCAACAAAGUCGACUUCAACCUUCCAGGCGGGAAGACUGGGUUGGACACUCACGAGACCAAGUUACCGACUUAUUGGAACACACCGUUUAACAAGAUCUGUCUUGGAACGAAGAUCGGUCAGCAGUUCAAGUCUGUUGUCAUAAACCAUCAAGCCAGAUCCCUGUAUUCACUGAUCGCAGAUGGCAAGUACCGAGCUACUUCACUGGGCCGUAACACGUGGAAGAAGCUCAUUGGCUCUCGGGCCUCUCUACAAACCAACUGUAACAAGGAAGGAUUUAACACACUGUGUGGUGGUGGUGCCAGAGCGAGAAUUGGUAUUGUUGGCAAUAACGAAAAUGAUUGUAACAGCUGUGACUCCAGGAUCGGGUUUGGCACUGCAGGGUACCCUGAUGACUCCAACACGUGUGGCAACGAAGCUUUAGCCGGGGCAGAUAAUGGCGAGCAGAACAUCAAAGCGAUGGGAUAUAUUUUGGUCCAGUAA